CAGUCUCCACUCACCCGUCUACUACGCGUACGCGUUUUGGACCUUCGGACGGUCGGUUAGAUCACAGUUCACACACAGAGUCAGUCACUUGCGAGGACGAGUUCACACAGAACAGCCGCAGUAGUGGCUGUAGUGCUAUUUUAAUACUGUAUACCAGCUGGAAUCUACGUGAAGGUGGCCUCCUCCCAUAAUCAAAAGGAAUAACUUCAUUUCCAUUCUAUAAGUUUUCAGGCAAAGACGCACUAGAUGAAUCAUGGAGAUGGAGGAGGCAGCCAAACCCAAGGAACCCAUGGAAAUCCAGACAUUUGUAUUCUUUGACUUAGAGACCACUGGUCUGGCGGCUGGCAAUCCACGAAUUGUGGAGUUAUCCAUGCUUGCUGUGUCUAGAGAUCACCUGCUGGCAAUGAAGGAUUCUGCCACACCAAAGCCUUCUGAUUCAAGCAAGUUCUCAAGCAGCCAAGCCAAUGGACACUCUCCAACCAGUAACACAGAUAUUCAGAGGAAAAAUCCUGUCCCCAAACUGCCUCGUGUAAUACACAAAUACACAAGACUUUACUAUCCAUGGAAAGUGUUGACUCCACAAGUGGAAGCAAUAAAUGGCCUUAACAACUUUGAUCUUGAAGGCUUGCCAAGUUUUGAUGAAGCAAGUGCACAAGCUCUGUCACUCUUUUUAGAUCUGCCCAAGCCAGUAACUUUAGUGGCCCACAAUGGUAAGAGAUAUGACUUUCCCCUCCUCAUGGCUGAGCUCAACCGAGUCGGCUAUGUUGAUAAAUUUCCGGACCUGCAGUGUAUAGACUCUCUGACUGCAAUCAAGGACAUAGAUGGUUUGAUAGAAAGGGAAGACAUAGCAAAUAUCACAAAGCUGGCUGAGUCCUUCAACAUUGAUGAUCUGGAUGAUUCCUUCAUGGAGGAAGAACCCAUGCCCAGCAAGAGGCAGAGGUCAUCAGAGUGUGUUGAAGAGAAAGGCAGGCAGGGGAACCUUGGCCCGGGUCAACCACUUGAAUCAGUCUCCUGUGCUGGCCAAGGCAAUCAUCACAACCUGGAAGUGUCUGCUGCACCACUCAUCACCCCAGUGAAGAGCCGCCUCCCAGGCCAGACUCAUGUCCCACCUACCCCCUCCAAGCUAGCUGCUCCUCCUCCCCAGCCCACCACUCCUGAGGCCCUCCAGCCAGGUGUCCCUGGCCCCUCAGGGUUCCCUGCCAAAGUCACUAAGGAAUCCAGAAAAGUGCGCCGAACUCUGACCUAUGAGAACAAUGGUAAGAGAAAGGUUGGCACAAGGCUGUCAUAUGCUCAAGUCAACAUUUUCAAGCGGCUCUUUGACUCGGAGUAUGCGGCGCACCGUGCCGAGACAGACUGUGAGGCGUUGAUGACAAUCUGUGGCCACUAUGGAAGCAAGUUUGUAGAGUGGGCAGAUACUUUUGCCACCAGCUUCUCCACGUUUAACCCAAUGUGGGUGAAAAGAAAGUCUUUUGACAUAAACCCAGAAGGAUAGGCUAAUGUUUUAUAUUAUAUAUGUUACAUUUUAGACUAAUUUAAACUUUUUUAUUAUAUCUAUAUACAAGCCUGAUGUCCCCACAAAGGGAUUAACAUAAAAAUAAUUGAAUUUGUAGUUGUUAUAUUUGAUACUAAAGUGUACUGAUAUGAUGAAAGACAGUUUUUACAGUUUUUAGUGUAGUGUUUAGAACUGACAGCAAAAACUAUUUUAGGGAAUUUUAUAUCUGAAAAAUAUAUAUAUUUCCUUAUUGAAUUAAGUAAUCUUUUAUGAAAUUCUAGGUCAGUGUAUAAUUAAUACAUGUUUGCAAAGCUUCAUCCUCCGUCCUCAUCAAUUUCUGUCUUUACAUUGCUUUCAUCAUAUUCUUUCCUCAUUCUCUCAUAUCUCCAGCAUUUCACUGGCUGUUUCUCCUUGCACCCUCCACGUCUCUCACACUCUGAAUAUACUUAAUACAGUCUAGACUCUAGGCGUUUGAGUGGCCUCCCUUGGUGCCGUUCUGUGUGUAUCUGUGGCUGGGCCUUGGUGUGGUGCACGGGACUCCUCAGCCACCUUGAUUGCUUCACCUUUACUGACGUCAGGCUGUCAUCUUCCUUACUUUCAUCAUACCUUCUUCACACACACACACACACACAUUGGGCAUUUCUCAAGUAAUUUAGUUUAAUUUUUAUAUUGACUAAUCUGACACAUGUGAUAUCAUUUUAUUUUUUACACUUUUAUAUCAUUAAUAGCUGUUCUUUUGUGUAUGUAUUUGUGUGUAUUGUAGCGUUUGAUGACCAGUACUUGCAUGUGUAUUGUAUCGGCUGAGACGUUGCUACAAUAGACAACUCUGUGUUUCCCUUUAUGGGUGUGCCUUGACAUUCAUGUGGUGCUUAAUGAUAGUAGCUAUUAAGAAGUUUUAUACUAUAUAUGAUAUGUACAAAAUUUUAUUGUUUUAAGUUAAUAUUUUUAUAAUUGUUGAGACAUGAUGAUUUGUAAAGAAAAAGAUAUAAUGAAGUAUUAAUGCUGUA